UGUGCUCAGAGCAACAGCUCAGUAGACGCUGGCAUUCGUACAACGUCUGACCAUGGCUCUUCGCGUCGCAGCUGCUGUUCUCCUUCUGGCCGUCGCUGCCAGCGCCGAGGAAUGUUCCUUGCCUUCCUGCCUCCUCGUUGACGGGCAUCCGAUCCGGUGUCAAGACCCCUCUUUGGUCCAGUUCAUCCCGCACCCCACCAACUGCCAUCAGUACAUACAGUGCACCUUAGCAGGGCCUAUCCUAAGGGACUGCCCUCCUGGAACGGCCUGGGACCAAGACCUCAGGACCUGCGCUCACGAGGCCACUGUCGCUUCCUGUAAUAAGGUUCCUGAGAUCUGCGACUGUGACUGCUGCUUCCGCGCCGACCCCGAUGACGUCACUGGCUUCGUCUACUGUUACACCAGUGUAGGAGAUGACAAAGCAACGGCCUACAAACUGAACUGCCCAGAGGGUCGAAACUGGAAUGAUUCCACCAAGUUAUGUGCUUAAGAAAUGACGACAUGGAUUAUCACUAGAAUAUUACUAACCAGAAGGUAUAAGGAGAAGAAAAGCUUCCCGGAAUCACAAGCAAUAACAGAGAUCAUGAACAAGCCAUAGUCAUAACAAUAAGAGACCACUGGACUUCUCACAAGCCCGAAACCUCAAGGUUUCCAUCGCGGCUUCGGUAGUACUUCGGGAGGUUUCCUUUGCUGUCAUGGGAUACAGAUAAUGAUUGUGGUAUUGGCAGUGAUUAAAAUUUUUAAUUCUGAAUGGA